AUGUCAGCAUUAGUUUUACCUAGACUUAGUUUCUACAUGCCACCAAAAGAUGCUUUCCUUUGUAAAUGGAAGCAUUUGAAAAAUUUGGAUCUAGCCGAUCCGGAACCAUUUAAAGGUAAAACAAUAGAGAUUAUAAUCGGAGCAGAUUAUUAUGAUGAAUUAUUGAUGAAUGAUCUUUGUAAAGGUCAAGCAGGUACACCUAUCGCACAAAAAACUAAAUUAGGGUGGAUAUUAUCGGGUCCAACUAGUCUUCUAAGUAAUGAAAAGAAAAAUGCCACUAUCAACCAAUAUUGUACUACAGUAGAUGAUUUACAAAGAAAUUUAAAAUUAUUUUGGGAACUUGAGGAACUUCCUCAACAAAAUUAUUUAACUGUAGAUGAACAAAAAGCUGAGGACUAUUUUCUUAAAACACACACUCGCGAAGAAGAUGGCAGGUAUUGUGUUCGAUUACCUUUAAAAGAAAAUGCUCUUAAAAUUCUAGGAAAUUCAUUAAAUAUUGCUAAAAAGAUGUUAAAUAAAACAGAACAACGUUUAAAGUUUAAACCAGAAUUACAAUGCGAUUAUUAUAAAUUUUUAAAUGAGUAUAAAGAUCUUGGACAUAUUGUUGAAAUAAAACCAGAUGUUGAAACGUUUAUCCAAGAAACUAACGCCAUUUACCUGCCAUUUUUUCCUAUCAUAAAAGAAAAUAGUCUUUCAACACGCGUAAGAUUGGUAUUUAAUGGUUCUUGUAAAACAUCUAGUGGUUUUUCUGUAAAUGAACUCUUACUUAUUGGUCCCAAAUUACACAAUGAUAUUAUAGCAAUUAUUUUACAUUGGAGAAGGUAUCGUUAUGUCAUGACAACUGAUAUAAGUAAAAUGUUUAGACAAAUUUUAGUUGAUAAAAAAGAUGUCGAUUGCCAAAGGAUAGUGUGUAGAUUAGAACCAGAAGGUAAUAUUAAACAUUUCCAACUAUUAACGGUCACUUAUGGGAUGUCAUCAUCUCCUUUUUUAGCAAAUAGGGUUCUGAAACAACUUGCUCAAGAUGAAGGUUUAUCAUAUCCUUUAGCGAAAAAAGCACUAGAAAAUGAAUUUUAUGUUGAUGAUGGAUUAAUUGGUGCUAACGAUAUACAAACAGCCCGUGAAUUGAAAAGAGAUUUAACUAAACUUCUUAAAAAAGGUGGUUUUGUUUUAGAUAAAUGGUCAACGAAUAAUCCUUUAAUUUUAGAUACAAACAAGGAUUGUAUAAACGAAAGUCCUAUUAAUUUAACAAAACUAACAGAAAAACACCCAGUAUUAGGGAUACUCUGGGAUUCCAGAAAAGAUGAAUUUUGUUAUUCAGUUUCUACUCAAAAUUGUGAAUUUGUAACUAAACGACUUGUUUUGUCUCUGAUAUCAAAAUUGUUCGAUCCAUUGGGAUGGGUAUCGCCGAUAACAAUAGUUGCGAAAAUUUUUAUUCAAGAAAUAUGGCUCAAAAAAUUACAAUGGGAUGACGAAUUAGAUCAUGAUUUAUUACAACGUUGGAUAGGAUAUUAUAAUGAACUCCCUAAAAUUAAUAUGGUAAAAAUUCCACGUUGGACACUUGAAAAAGUAGAUUGUCAAUAUGAAAUACACGGAUUCGCCGAUGCAUCUAAACAAGCAUAUGGUGCUGUAGUAUAUUUACGUGUAUUGAAUAAAAAUGAACAGCCAAAUAUUACUCUUCUUAUUUCAAAGAGUAAAGUAGCCCCUUUAAAAGUAAUAAGUGUACCAAGACUUGAAUUAUGUGCGGUAGUAAUAUUAGCAAAACUUAUUAAAAAAGUAUUAAAAGAUCUUCAUCUAGAACAAAUUCCUAUUUUUGGUUGGACUGACUCGACAGUAGCGCUAUCUUGGUUAAGGGAUCAUCCUUCCAAAUAG